AUGGCUGCGCCGAGCCCGGGGCCCCGCGAGGUCCUGGCCCCCUCCCCAGAGGCUGUGCGCAGAGCACCCACCUCCAGCUCCAGCUGCCGUGGGCUCCUCUGGCGCCUGCGAGACAAGCAGUCUCGCCUCGGCCUGUUUGAGAUCAGCCCGGGGCACGAACUGCAUGGGAUGAUGUGUAUGAUGCAGGCGGGGCUGUGGGCUGCCACCCAGGUCUCCAUGGAUCACCCACCGACGGGGCCGCCCUCCCAGGAGGACUUCUCCGAGGUCCUGACCCAGGUUCACGAGGGCUUCGAGCUGGGCACUCUGGCUGGUCCAGCCUUUGCCCGGCUGCGCCGCUGCCUAGGCCUGGCAGAGGAGGACUAUCAGGCUGCGCUGGGCCCCGGCGGCCCCUACCUGCAGUUCCUCAGCACCUCCAAGAGCAAGGCCAUCUUCUUCCUGUCCCACGACCAGCGCUUCUUCCUGAAGACCCAGCGGCGCCGGGAGGUGCGGGCGCUGCUCGCCCACCUGCCCCGCUACGUGCAGCACCUGCAGCGGCACCCGCACUCGCUGCUCGCCCGGUUGCUGGGAGUGCACAGUCUGCGGGUGGCCGGGGGAAAGAAGACGUACUUCAUCAUCAUGCACAGCGUUUUCUACCCCGCCGGCCGCAUCUCCGAGAGGUAUGACAUCAAGGGCUGCGAGGUGAGCCGCUGGGUGGAGCCAGCCCCUGAGGGCAGCCCUGUCAUCCUGGUGCUGAAGGACCUCAACUUUCAGGGCAAGACCAUCGACCUGGGGCCCCAGCGGACCUGGUUCCUCCGCCAGAUGGAACUGGACACCGCCUUCCUCCGGGAGCUCAACGUGCUGGAUUACAGCCUCCUGAUGGCUUUCCAGCGUCUCCACGAGGAUGAGAGGGGCCCAGGCAGCAGCCUCAUCUUCCGCAUGGCCAGGUCUGUGCAAGGGACACAGAGCCCAGAGGAGCCGGGAGCUCAGAACCGCCGGCUGCUGCCUGACGCCCCCAACGCCCUGCACAUCCUAGACGGGCCAGAGCAGCGCUAUUUCCUGGGCCUCGUGGAUCUCGCCACAGUCUACGGGCUCCGCAAGCGGCUGGAGCACCUGUGGAAGACACUGCGCUACCCGGGCCGGACCUUUUCCACUGUCAGCCCUGCUCGCUACGCCCGUCGCCUCUGCCAGUGGGUGGAUGCGCACACCGAGUGA